UGACGAACCAGAGAUUAAAACGUUAUCACAGUUGCGAUUUGUUUCACCUGAUUGAUGUCAUUAUAAAAAAUGAACGUGUCGCGUGUACUUUUAGCAUUCUUCUCGCGGAACUGCCGCCACCGAAGCAGCCGAAAAGAACGCACAUAAACUAGACGCUAUCAUAGCUAAAGAUUAUAGUAAACGUGGUGUAUCAUCAAAUAUUCUCGUAUAGGUAUUUUCGCAUCUAUAUCCAUCAUACGGAUGUCCUCGCGCCACUGAAGCAACAUUUUAUCAUAUAUAAUACUUACACGGUUUCACCAUCAACGUCCAAAAUGUUCAACAAAAUAUCCAUUAACCAUCUAAAACUGUUUUUCACGACCAGUGUCAUGUCGUUUCAACAGUUCGUCAUUGGUGGAGUAUUUGGAUUUUCCGCCGUCAUACUGCCACAACUUGAACUACCCAGUGCUCUAAUCAAAGUCGAUGGUGACCAAGCGUCCUGGAUAGCAAGUUUUCCGCUCUUGUUAUGCCCUAUUGGUUCACUGGUGUUUGGCUAUUUAUCCGAUAGAUUCGGCCGAAAGCUAUCGUUACAGCUUACGUACGUACCGUUGAUUAUCAGCUGGUCGUUGCUCAGCCACGCCGAGUGCUUGCAAGACAUUUACAUCGGCAGACUGAUUACCGGACUGUCUACCGGUACCGGCGGCGUGAUCUACGUGUACAUAGCCGAGACGAGCCCGACGGACUGCCGGUCGUUCUUCCUGUUGAUCUACACGCUGUUCGUAGGACUGGGCUUGAUGACGUCCGCGAUUUUGGGCGCACUGUUCCACUGGCGCACGGUGGCCGUCGUGUUCGCCGUGAUGUGCGCCGUCGGUUUCGUCGCGCCGUUCUUCGUGCCGUCCACGCCGAUGUGGCUGCGGUCCCGCGGCCGGAACGAGGAGGCCCGAAAGGUCGAGAAGUGGUUCGGGUUCGAGCCGGACCACAUCGACGACCUGCCCACGCUGCCACCGCCGCCUUGCGCUGCCGCGGCCAUGGCCACGCUUAGCCGGGCCGACUCGACGGUUGGCGCGAUCAUGGAAAAGAACGUGAGCUGCUGGGCCUUGUACACGGGGCCCACCGUCUGGAAGCCCACGCUCGCCGCCCUCGCGUUCUUCUGCUGUCAGCAGGCCUCCGGGUUCUACGUGUUGCUGUUCUACUCGGUGGACGUGAUGCGCGACUGCCGCGUGUCCAUCGACGGCAUGACCGCCGCCGUGUACCUGUGCGCCGCCCGACUGGCCGGCACCGUCAUCAGCCUCUUGUUCCAGUCGGCCACCAAGCGCACGCUCACCGCUUUCUCGGGCCUGGGCAUGUGCGUGUCCAUGUCCGCGGUGGUCGGUUACCUGUACGCGUACAGCGAUGUGCCCGACCCACCGGCCACCGAUUUUCUGAUCGUGCCGUUCCUGUUCUACGUGUUCUUCGCCAUGUUCGGCGUGCUGCCGUUACCGUGGAGCGUGUGCGGCGAGAUGUUCCCGAUGGCCGUCAAGGGCACCAUGAACGGCGUCAUGUACUCAUGCGGUUACGAACUCAUGUUCGUCGCCAUCAAGGUGUACCCGAUGCUGGUGUACGCUUACGGCAUCCGGGCUGUGUGGACCGCGUCCGCGUGCACGUGCUUCAUUACCUCGCUGUUCGGAGCGUUCGUCCUGCCCGAGACCACCGGAAAGACGCUAAACGAGAUUGUCGACGGGUUCAGAUCGUCCAGCGACAAGGCUCGCAACAAAAAACCCGCCAAGCCUCAAAUACCCUAAACCCGACCACACACCGUCCCAAACCCGGUUUCAAAGUAUUAUUUAUUUGUCGUCGUCUACCUCGUAGUCGGGUUGGUUACGUGUUGGUAUCACAAAAAAUAAAGCCGGGUUCACAGUUGGGUACGUCGUCUGUCGUGUCGUG